CUCGCCCCCUCGCUAGCAAAGGCAAAGGUUUCUUCCACAUUUCCCCUGAGCAAAGAGAAGCAAAUCACAAGAAAGCGAAGCAAAUCGGCGGGAUGGCCGGCCAAGCUAGGGCGUUCAUGUGCGUGGCGCUCGUCGUCCUCCUGCUCCUCGUCGAGACCACCGCCCCGAGUGGACAAGCUCACGCCGUCGAUUGCGGCAGCGCGUGCUCGUACCGGUGCAGCAAGUCGAGCCGGCCGAAUUUGUGCAACAGGGCGUGCAACACGUGCUGCCGGCGAUGCGACUGCGUGCCGCCCGGCACCGCCGGCAACGAGGACGUCUGCCCCUGCUACGCCCACAUGACCACGCACGACGGCCGCCACAAGUGCCCAUGAUUCAACCGCCUUCUCGACGGCCGGUCGAGGCUAAUGCAUACUAGAUCAUGGCGUCUCAGUAAAUAUCCCAUCAAGCUAGCUACAGCCAACGAUAACUAGACUACCAGGGGCACGAUCGAUAUGAUAUCAUGUACUCAAGCUAGUGCUGCUGCCUAUGUACCUUGUGCUCAUCCAUCCGUGAUCGAUCCAUCGUGUAAGCAUGUUUGCUAUCUCGUUCUCACGCAGUGGUAAUUGCCGUCAAUUGCACUAAAACAAUUAGUGCGUAUGGUAUUGAAUUUAUACUCCAGCCAACUCAUGUAAAAGUCUGAACUGAUGAAGAGAGACGGACAAUAUAUAUCUAUACCAUUCUCCCUCA